AUGGAACCUGAACUUCUGAGCUUCCACAAAACCCUCACGAAUUCAGAUGUGAAACGGAACUGUGAACUGUCGAACAAGGCACGUUAUCUACCGGCCAGCAAUGGAGUCCUGAUCGUACGGGACGUGGACGGAAUACCAUAUCGAUUUAGAGCCCCAAAAAGGAGGAGCGGGAGGCGUUCUCUGACCCAGGACUGGAAGGCUUUUGCAGUUGCCAAAGAGCUUAAAGUCGGUCAGAAAAUAAGAAUGUAUCGCCUAGGUCAUGGGAAUGAAUAUGUCAUGGAAGGGGCUGUCCAACUGUUUGGAAAG